CUCUCAGACCGGGAUAACUGAAUCCGCAGCGUUACUUUUUGUUUCCAGUUGAUCUGAUAAUGAGCUGAACUUGAGUGUUGCACGCGCCACUGUUUUGACGUCGGUGUGGGAAUGGAGAAGAGAAAAAAAGUGUAUAAAGCGGAGCAUCUGCUGCUGCUUAUGUCAGCUUCAUCUGUUGCUGCAUGGGGCCUUCAGUGUAAAGACUGUUUGUGGAGGGAGCUGCGUUUUUAAGAAGCAGUGCAACAGUUAAGAAGCUUCAGGCACACGCACGCACACUGUAAGACGACAUGGAAACUCCUGACCAAAUCCUGGGCUGGCUACUGUUUACCCCCUCUAUGUGGUGACUUUCAGGCUAUUUGUGGAAGUUCUGCAAAGCCAGAAUGCUUUCUAUUCACCUCAGGAAUUGGCUUAGCCCCCCUCCAUCCUUCCCCUGUCCACUACCUUUGCGCUUUGGUCUGCUGCAGGUGCUGCAGGAGGAAAAAUCACUGCUGCAGAAGUCCUUACAGAAGACGCAUUGCUUUCGUUUUCUACAGCAGUGCAAAGAAUCUGUGUUGUUUUUAGAGUACAGAGUGACUCCAAGCUAUAGAUAAAUAACGUUGACUGACUGCUCAGACCAAAUGAAUUGUGAAAAUGAAAGCUGGAGCUCGAGCAGUAGCUCCGCUUGUGUGCAGUCAGUGGGAUAUAAAGGAUUGCUUAUUCAGAGAUGUACUCUAGUGUUCUGAGUGGAUCAGUGGUGGACUGGGGCAGCAUGGGCCCCGGAGAGGAAUGGGUUGAUUCAGCCAUACACGAGGGAGAGCAGGGUUUGAAUCAGGGUAAGUUUUACCCCUCUGAUGAGGAGUCCCUUAGGAGAAGCUCAUAUGGGGAAGGUUUGGCCUCCGUCGUCCAAAAUGGGGAAAACCUGACAGAAUGGGGUAAAACUUCACCCUCAGGGGACAGCCGGUGGGGUCACACAUCAGUGUCUGACACCUGGGCCACGUCCACCGCUUGGGAUAUGCAGCUGGACAGCACAGAGAGGGGACACCUCACCGCAGGUUUUCUAGACUCAGAGCCACUGAGAGAGGCUGAUGAAGACUUGGUGUCAGAGGUCAACCUGAGCGCCUCCAUGACGGAGGAAGAGAGGGAGGAGAUUCAGCAAGAGUUAGCUAAACUGGAAGAGGAGAUCGGCACACUGAGGCAGGUUUUGUCUUCCAAAGAGAAGCAGCAUGCAGAGCUCAAACAGAAACUGGGCAUCACUCCUCUGAGCGAGCUCAAAACCAACUUCAGCAGAGGCUGGCACGACAUGCAGAGCUCAGUAGCCUACAAGAAGACAUCAGAGACGCUUUCCACAGCGGGACAGAGAACCUCGGCAGCCUUCAGCACGCUCGGCAGCACCAUCACCAGGAAGAUUGGAGAUAUGAGAUCCAACUCCAUAGGUUACUCUAUCAAACACUCUAUGAGCAUGCCUGCCAUGAGAAACUCUCCCAGCUUCAGGUCUUUUGAAGAGAAAGUUGAGAACACAGUUUCCACUAUCAAGACAAAGGUUGGCGGCACUGGGAGUGGGGGCAGCUUUGAGGAUGUCCUGUCAUCCGCAGCGCACGCCAGCUCACAGGACACGCCCACCAACAACUUGACGGACAGCUCUGGGAGGCAGUGUUAAGGCUCCACCCUGACCACGAGCCAGGGCUUAAACGGGAACUCCGCUGCCGAUGUGUCGCAGCACUUUAACUCAAAGCUCUGACUGAAACAGUGCACAACACCUUUUGAUCCUUAGUGUCAAGGCGCUUUUGCAGAAUAUGGAUUGUCUUAAAACCUAAAUAAUUACGUUUACCCAAAAUGACCCCUAAGGCAGCAGUCGUCUUCUUUUAUUUUAAAAGAUCAACUCUAAACCUCACAUGAUACGGGGACUAAUGAGAGCAAGGAGCCUAUAAUGUUUUCCUUCUAUUUAUAGUGUUGAAGGGUUUUUAGUGGAUUUGAUGAAUGCCAUCUGUCCUCCAGAGGUUUCCUAACCACGUUACACCACAGAUGUUGAUGAGAUACGGUUGGGGAGGAGCAGCUAGCAGUUAGGCCUUAAAUGACCUGAAACACGACAUGAAACGAGUCUGAGCAGAUUACACAUCAGCUCCAGGAGACAGACUGAACCUAAACCCCGCAUAUCGAGCUGGUACUUUCUUCUUCGUUUUUUGGCACAUUUGUGCUCAUGUAGUUCACUCGGCUGUCAGAUCACAGCUGGGUUUCCCCAGACACAAAACAAGAGGCCGAUUCCUCCAUGUGAUAUGUAAAUUUAAGACGAGUGGAAAAAGUGUCAGUAGAUGUUCAACACCGCAUCAGUAUGAGAGUUUUAAAACAGCUACCUUUCUUUAUUAGGACAGCACAAAACAGCAGUUUCACAUCUUUACUAGAAAUAUGUUUGUGAUUAAAAAAAUUAAGUCAUUUUAUUACUUAAUGCUGUAAAAAUGUGACUGUGAUCAACCUGAACAUCCUGGGUGAUGUUUGUAUAAAUUAUUUUACACUACUACAGAAGAUCUAGUUCCUCAGGUUUCACUGUGGCAUCUAAAAACAUUUUGUUGUCGGCAUUUCACGAUAUAUACUCAGUGCACUGAUAUACACACGGGGUUGGGGAGGCGCAGUGAGCUGGGAGUUGCAGCUGGGGUCUGUUUGAAUAUCUAAAUGCAAACUGUGAGAGCAACUACAGGAAGCAGUGGUGUAUAUGUGAAAAAGCAUCAGUGUGACAUGAUGUAUCAUCGGGAGCACAAUUCUUGGCUGUAAAUGUGACGCAUUAAUCCAGCGCAUGCUGUUACGCACGUGGUGAAACUACAUGAGCUCAGAUUUUAACGAGCAUUUUAACGCUGAAAAAUUGAAUUCAGUGUCACUAUAACUUUGAAAAAUGUUGGUGCCGUAAACGACGAGAAUGAUCUUCGCAACUAUUCAAAUCUGCUCUGUGUGGCAAACUCAUUACUUUGUCUUUGUAUUAUUUGCAGUAAAUAAUCGUUUGUGUUGUGUAGUUUUUACGUUCUCUUUCAUGUGUUAAACUUUUGUUUUUGGUCCUCUCCCAUGAGAAGAUGCUUGGCUCUGCCCUUGAAAUACAUUCAAUAAAAUCCAUAAACAGAAACAGAUUCACUAAAAAUAACUCUUUCUGUUCUGUCUUUGGAAAAUUGAUUUCAAUAAACCUUUUAUGUAAUAAAUGUCUUUACAGCAUAAACACAAAAAGACAUAACUGUGACAAUCA